AUGGCGUCGCACGUGCUGCCCGAGUUUAGUGAGGAGCUUUUUGGUGUCUUGUUAGAGUUCUGCACCCCGUCCAUGUCGCGCGUGGAGGCUCUGACGCAGGUGGCCCUUCGCCACCUACCGCAUGCCACAGACACUUGGUCCGCCCUUCGGAAAGCGCUCGUUCGCCAGCAGGAUUUGGCGUCGGAUGGUAAUAAAGCUCUGUGGUACUUGCUCGACUCACUCAUGAAGCAUGCACCGCACGUGUUCGUUCCUCUCAUUUCGCCGCGAUUACACGACUACGUUGUGCAACAGAUGCCGUGGCACCUCGUUGGUGUGGUGUCGACGUUAGGCGGCGGGGCACUGUGGUGUGACGCGAUGAUUCGCACAUGGGAGGGUGUGUUGCCGCCGCACCUGAUGCGAAGCGUGAAGUCCUUUGUUCUGCAGCUGCGCAGCGGUAAAGAGUUGACGCAAGCAAUGAGUCUGAACGACGACAACGAUGAUGUGCAGACCGUGGAUCCUGCGGCGACACGUGAACAAAUGCAACAGCUGCGGGAGGCGUGGGAGAUGUUCUGGUCCUUCGCUGCGGAGGGGGCGCAUGCAGCGAACAAUGCCCCUGCAGUGCCAGCAGCCUCUGGCGCACCUCUGCUCGUGCAGGUGAAACGUGAGCAGCCGACGCCUCUCGCGAGGGUGAAGCUUGAAGAGGGUCCACAACUCGUUGGUGAUGACGGCGGCGAUGACGAUGACUCCGAUGUGGAGUACGUUCCAGCGUUUGUGAGAGGGGCACAGCACCGCGAGUUGCCCUCGCUGACAGGUGACGGCGUCACCACGCAGAAAGCACGUCGAGCCGCCCGACGACGACCGCGCGAGGAGGACUGA